GCCAAUUUUAAAGUCCUAACCCACAACAAUGCGCCUGCAAUGUUUCCCGCCGCCCAAAAUCGGUCGCUCUCCAUCAAAAUUUCCCUUUAAAUUAUCGCCAUUUCGCCGCUUCUCUUGCUCCUCUUCAGGAACCGCCCCCAUCAACCACCGGAAAAUGGGACGGGUGGCUGGGAAUGGGCACCGGAAGAGAGCAUCGCCAGCGUCUCCUACUGGACGAAGAAGAUUCACUGCCUCUGCACCAAGGACCGAAACGUCGAUGAAGCGAUCCGGCUACUCGACGAUCUUCGCCUCCACGGCUACCAAUUGCACCCUCUCGAUCUCUGUAGCGUAAUCCACGGUCUCUGUGAUGCUCGCCGUUUCGAUGAAGCGCACUGCCGUUUUAUGCUCUCUGUUUCUUCUCAUAAUGUUCUUAUUGCUCGUUUGCUGGAUUUUGGAUCUCCCUUAAGACUUGUUUGCUUGUUUGAUGCUAAGCCUGAGUUUGUUUCUUCUACAGUGAAUUAUAAUCGAUUGAUUUAUCAGUUUUGUUCGUUUUCUCUACCGAAUGUAGCUCAUAGGAUUUUAUUUGAUAUGACGGGUAGAGGGCAUUGCCCAAAUGCUGUUUCAUAUACUACCUUGAUUGAUGGAUACUGCUGUGUUGGUAAUGUACCUGCUGCAAAGAAACUGUUUGAUGAAAUGCCUGAGAAUGACGCGGAGCCUAGUUCUCUUACAUAUAGUGUUCUAAUUCAUGGUUUUCUUUGCAAGCAGGAUUUCGAAACUGGGAGGGCGUUGAUGUGCAAGCUUUGGGAAAAGAUAAAGGGGGAAAAGGAUCCCUUCACGAACAAUGCUGCUCUUGCGAAGCAUCUUAUUGAUUCUCUGUGCCAAGCAGGUUCUUUCCACGAGGUUUUUUUAAUCGUAGAAGAUAUGCCUCAGGGGCAGAGUGUGCAUGAGGAAUUUGCUUAUGGGCAGAUGAUAGAUUCACUUUGUAAAGCUAGAAGACAUCAUGGGGCCUCAAGAAUUGCAUAUAUAAUGAGGAAGAGAGGGUUUAAUCCUGGUUUACUCUCGCAUAAUUCUAAGCAAGGAAUUGAAUUUGGGUACUCACCAUCUGAACUUACAAAUAAGGUUCUUGUAGAAGGUCUUUGCCUAGAGAUAGACAUCCAGGCAAAGGAAGUUUUUCAAAUAAUGAUAGACAAGGAAGGUGUCGACAGAACUUGAAUUUACAACAUAUACUUGAGAGCUAUUUGCCUUGCAAAUAAGUCAACCGAGCUCUUAAAUACAUUUGUUGUAAUGCUUCAAACCAAUUGUCAAUCUGAUGUUAUUACCCUGAAUACAGUUAUCAAGGGAUUUUGUCAUAUUGGAAGCAUUGAAAAAGCUCUAAAGGUAUUAAAUGAUAUGAUGAUUUGUCAAUUUUGUGCCCCUGAUUAUGUGAACUUCACGACUAUUAUAUAUGGGUUACUGAAUGUUGGGAGGAUCCAGGAAUCUCUUGAUAUAUUAUAUAAAGUAAUGCGAGAAAAAGGCAUUAUGUUGCGUGUUGUUACAUAUAAUGCUCUACUAUUUGAGGUUUAUUUAAAUUUCAUACCUUUUGACAGAAUGGUUAGGAAUGGUGUGGCAGACAGUACAACAUAUGCUGUGGUAAUUGAUGGGCUAUGUGAUUCCAAUAAAAUUGAAGAAGCUAAGAGAUUCUGGAAAGAUAUAGUCUGGCCGUCAAAGAUUCGUAAUAGUUUUGUCUAUUCUAAAGGGCUUUGCAACAAUGGAAAAUUUAGUGAAGCUUGCGAUUUCCUAUAUGAACUAGUAGACUCUGGCUACAAUAUUGUGAUCAAUACUGCGUGUAAGUUUGGACUAAAAGGAGAAGCAUAUCAACUAGUCACAGAGAUGAGGAAUAAUGGGCUAGCCCCUGGUGCCAUAACUUGGAGGAUUCUUCACAAAUUACAUCAAAGUGAGACGAUGAAAUCACCUCCCAAGGAUUUAACUAGUCAACCUAGAGAUGGCCGUGACCUGACAGAUUUGAAGGAUUAAAUCUCGGUAACGACUUGUUAUAAGGGCGAAGCAAUGCUAUGAGAAUCGAGUGGUUAUCCAGCGAUAAGGUAAAGUUUUCUUUUCUAUGACUUUGUACUAUCAUUUUAAUGUCGAGGACGUACAACAUAUCUUUAGUUUGCUAAAAUAUAUACCAAAGUUCUUUCUAAAAGGGAAAAAUAUUAAAAAAGGUGCAAUCACAUCUACCUUUUUUCUUCCUUUUUUCUUUUAUGAUAGGAUUCGAACUAGAAAUAUACUGAAAUAUUAAAGAUAUAGAAAUUACAAUAACUUCUAAGUAAUUUGAGGUACUUGGACCCUCUCCUUUCUUGAGUAUUCUUACUCGAGCCUAACCUAA